AUGCCCUCACGAUCAACUGGAAUGCAUGGGGCAAAACAAGACUCCAAGAGAACAAGGAAGAGGAAGAGGGAGCCAGGGCGCGAUACCCCGAGUGGGGUGUCUUGUAGCGGUCGACCCGUCAAGCAGCCGAGGAAAGGAAAUGCCGGAAAUCUGCAAUCCCCCGACGUUGUGAAGCAUGCUUUGCUGGCCCAGUAUUACCCGACUAUCUUGACCUUGCGGCAGUACAUGCUCGCCAGCCUGCCAUCAUCCUCCAAAAUUCGUCGCAAAAAGAUCUCCGCAGUAGGCAAGGCAGACCAGGCUGCGGCUGAAGACGCAUAUCCAGGAGUCCAGGAAUCUGCGGAAGACCCUGACCACAUCCGCACUUCACUUGCCAGGCUUCUGGACGCGACUAUAGUCACUACUCAUGUCUAUCCCACCGCUUUGGGAGAGGCACAGCCGGAUGACCGCUUCCAACGAUGGAUCGUUUAUUGCCAGAAGGGCGACGACUCUCAAUCGACGCUCUCUGGCGGUGUUGCUGGUGCAAUUCACUGUCAAGCAGAGAUAGUCGACUUUGUCAUCUGGCUUCUUUUCUCGCGAGAGGUCAUGCCCAGUGGUAGGCCUCAUCACCUGCUCUGCGACGGCUUUCGAAAGCAUGUUGGUCCCAGGCAGCAGUCAUGUUCAGUUCAGGGCCUGUACAGCGUCUACCCCAAUGAACGGGUUGCGGCUUUGAAGCAGACACCAUGGCCGCAGUUGCUCUCGCUGUUGGGUAGGGCCGGCGAGGGUAUGAUGAUCAACAUGCUGCUAGACUGUGCCAUCUUUAUCCCCAUUGGGGUCGGGCAGAGCAGUUACUAUCAGUUGAGCGGACUCCCCAUCUUCGAAUCCGAACCUAUUUCGCCCCAGAUCCUAGCGCCUCCGAUAGAUAUGGCUGGCGACACAGCAGCGUUCGAACGGAAGCCCACAGACAUCCAUUUCGUGAGAAGCCGUAUGGUGUAUGCCAGAGCUACGCUCAAUGCCCGAGGACUGGUCCACUUUGGGUUGAGACACAUCCAUGCUCUGAACAGGUUUCCUGUGCCUAGUGCCAGCGAGGAUCCCCUGGCUUCAAAAAAUGACAGUAGCGGCAAUUCAGACUCUCCAGGAACCGACAAUACGCUUCGAUUGAUGAUGUAUAUGUUUCCUCGUCAAUUCGGUCUGCAUAAUGUGUUCACGUCUCUUGUCGAUUUGACACAGACAGCCCAGAAAUUUCAGGACUACACCCUCCGGGAGGAAGAAAUACUCAAGAAGUUUCGCAAGAAGGAGGGUUGCAUCAAUGUUCUUGACGUGCGAAUUCCCAAACGACUCAGAGGCACGCUUGAGCUCCUGGUGCGGCGUCUGCAAACCUUGCACGCUCGAUGUUCUUAUGUGGAGUUGCUACAGCACCACUGCCCGGUUCAUCGGAAGACAGCCGAUGGCCAUGCAAGCCGUCAUCGCGGCGGCGCUAAGACCUCUUCCGUGGCGAGCAAGCUUUCGGGGAAGGCUCCGAGGGACCGCAAGAAGUUUCGAUCGACACCAUCCUCCACGAACCCCUUGAAAUUGUCGUCGGUCACAGAGCUUGCAACCCCCAUAUCCCAAGUCUCGGCGUUUUGCCAAGCUGUUCUGUCGAAAAUCAUCCCCCACGAGUUCUGGGGCCACGGUGAUGUUCAGACUCACAACCGAGGCAAGCUCCUCAAAACCGUUGACACGUUCAUCAAGCUGAGGCGUUUUGAAACAAUGUCACUCCACGAGGUUAUGCAAGGCCUCAAGGUCACACAAAUUGAGUGGCUAGAGCCUCGCGGGCCAAAAAACCGCAAAUGUAGCCUGACUGAUUUCCGCAAGCGAAGCGAAAUUCUGUACGAGUUUCUCUACUACAUCUUUGAUUCGAUCUUGAUACCUUUGGUCCGGAGCAACUUUUAUGUUACUGAGUCGAAUGUCUAUCGAAACCGGGUAUUCUUUUUCCGCCAUGACAUCUGGAAAUCCAUCGCGGAGCCAGCCAUGGCCGAGCUCAAGGUCAAGUUGUUCGAGGAAGUUAAACUCGAUGAGGCUCUAAAGAAGCUUGACUCUCGGCGACUGGGAUACAGCCAAAUCAGGUUGCUCCCAAAGCAAAACUCGGUCCGGCCAAUCACGAAUUUGCGGCGGAGAAUGCUGAUGACCAAGGACAAAAAGAUCCUAGGCCAGAGCAUCAAUUCUAUUAUGGGGCCUGCCUAUAACAUGUUGAAGCUUGAGACAGUUCUCCAUGGAAAUAGGCUCGGCUCGGCUAUGUUCUCUGUGGGAGACAUCUAUAAGCGCAUUGACAGGUUCAAGCAGCGUCUAGGCCACCAAAAUAUGCCCCUCUACUUCGCCAAACUUGACGUGCGAGCUGCCUUCGAUACGAUACCGCAAGCGGCUGUCAUUUCGUUGAUGAGGUCGGUUCCCUCGCAGGGUAAAUACGACAUGGUCAAACAUGUCGAAAUCCAACCCAACGAGAAUGGCAUCCUGGCGAAAUCCAAGGCCAUGAAACGAUGGCACACGUCGGCCAGAGCGGGAGGUGACAAGUCAACAUUUCUUCAACUGAUUGCGCGAGGGGCCAUCCCCAGUAAGAAGAACGCAGUAUACGUUGACAGUGUCGUCCGCAAAUCGCACAACACUCAUGAUCUACUGGCGCUGAUAGGCUCACACAUUCAGGAGAAUCUCGUCAAGAUCGGUAAGAAAUACUACCGCCAGAAAUGUGGCAUCCCUCAAGGAUCGGUCGUCUCCUCUAUGCUCUGCAAUUACUUUUAUGCAGAUCUGGAGAAGAAAGAACUGCAAUUCUUGCAGGUCGAAGACUGCCUCCUUCUGCGGCUCAUCGACGACUUCCUCCUAAUGACCACGGACAAGAACAAGGCCUCUGAAUUCGUGGGAGUCAUGCUGCAAGGCAUGCCCAAAUACGGUGUUACGGUCAGUCCUGGCAAGACACUGGUCAACUUCGAUAUGUCGGUAGAUGGCGUGCCAGUGCCCAAGAUCCAGGACAACUGCCGCACCUUCCCUUACUGUGGUCUUCAGAUUGAUUGCCACACUCUUGAUAUCACCAAAGACAGAGGACUGACCUCCGUCGCCCCGCUCAGAGACCCAACAGUUUCAAACUCUCUCACCGUUGAGUUCAGCCGACACCCAGGCCAGAACUUUGAGCGGAAACUCAUCAACUCAUUCAAGAUUCAAUCAAACGUGAUGUUUUAUGACACACGGUACAACACACUGUCUACCGUCCUACGUAGUCUCUACGAGGCAUUCACAGAGUCGGCCACCAAGGCGUGGGCAUACUUGCGAUGUCUUCCGUCAGAAAAGCAGCCUGGUUCACGGCUCGUCAUAGACUCUAUCUCGAAACUUCUCGACGUCGCGCACUUGUUACUUACUAGCCCAUCGAGGAAGCUAAAGCAUCCCGAGUACGAAUUGGCCCGGAGAAUGCAGCACUCCUUUCAAUCUGCCCCUCAUCUUGAGGCCCACCGUCCUGGAACGACGGAAAUAAACGGCUACACCGCGCCCCUCUGCCAGGCGUGCCUCCGCCUGCUCCGCCGGGUCAACGACACCAUGAGCCACCCGGGCCAGGGCCUCGACCCGAGCCCCAAGCGCAAGGCAGACCACGUGCGGAGCCUCUGGCACGCCCAGUCCAGGUUCAAGGAGAUGGCGUCUGCCGCCGCUGCGGGCUGCCACGUCUGUGGGAUGGCGCAGGUGCAGGUCCGCGCGGGCAAGUUCACGCCGCUCACGUGGUCUGACGACGACGACCCGUGGCCUGGGGAUGACCUGAUGGCGGGGGGAGAGGAUGGAGAGCGGACGGAGACGGGCUUUCUGCUCAGCAGGCCGUUCGAGGAGGCCGGGGGGCUCGUCCGCGUCAGGUUCUACGUCGACUUCCGGAGCGAGUCGCGGGCCAUGUUCGCGACGCUGGACGAGGUGCUCUUGCUGUCGCCGCCGGUGCGCGCGCCGACAGUCGGGCCUGUCACGGCUCACGACGAGUCGGUCAGGUCCACGAAGAGUUUCGGCCAGAUCAGGGAGUGGCUGGCACAUUGCGAGCGGAACCAUUCUGAAUGUUGGCCCAAAACGGCUCGAGACGGAUCAACCUUCCUAACAAGCCGGCUGAUCGAUGUCGGAGGCACAGAUGAGCCGCGCCUUCGUCUGGUAUCAGACACGGGCAGCAUUCGAGGCGGGCAGUCCACCACCCUGAGCUACUGUUGGGGAGGCGCCCAGCGCCUCAAGCUGGUGUCCUCGAACGUGGCCGACCUGGAGAGGGGAUUCCUCCUGAAAGACCUUCCGCAAACGAUCUGCGAGGCAGUUCAGGUCACGCGAGAAAUGGGCAUCCGCUACCUCUGGGUCGACUCGAUCUGCAUCGUGCAGGACUCGAUCGAGGACUGGGAGUCAGAGGCCGUCCGCAUGUCGGUCGUGUACGGCUCCAGCUACUGCACGAUCAUGGCCACGGACGGCCGCGACUCGGACGCGGGCCUCUUCAGGCCGCGGGCCGGCAGCGUGGUGCGCCCGACCUGGUACGAGGUCUGGUCUGAGGACCAGACGAGCCCCACUGUCUUCAUGAAGGAGAUGGCCCUGGAGGCCGAGGGCGAGAUGAGUUUCUACACCAGGCGCUUGGACGACGCGCCCGCUGCUAAAAGGGCGUGGAUAUUCCAGGAGCAUGUCCUCUCCAGAAGACUGAUACACUUCACACAUGACCAGCUUAUGUGGGAGUGCCAGUCAACCGUCACUUGCGAAUCGUUCCCCGAGGGUUUUGGUGGCAACGGAGUCAUCAACGAUAACUACCUCUGGAUCCCAAAACUUAAGCCUACGGGCCACAUGACGGCAACUCUGAAAAGUAUCAGCGCCAUGUUAAGAUGGGCAACUUAUGUUGAAGCGUACUCCCACCGCGAGCUGUCCGUCUCUGGCGACAAGCUGGUCGCCAUAGGCGGUAUCGCCAGGAGGCUCGCAGACAUCCACGGACUGGACCACUCCGACUACGCCGCCGGGCUGUGGAAGCACGACAUGCCAAGCUGCCUGCUUUGGAAGUCCUCGCGCGCCUUCUCCACAGACACCUCCAGGCCCCGGCACACACUCGCCCCGUCGUGGUCCUGGGCGGCUAUAGAGGGUAGCGUCCGGUACUUCAGGUCCCCCGUGCGCGAGCCGUCGCGCAAAUCACUGGUGAAGGUCCUUGGCGUGCACAUCCAGUAUAGGGAUCGUCAGAUAUUCGGCCAGGCGGCGUCCGGCACGGUGGCAUUAUCAGGGAGGCUUAUACCCAUCUUCAAGUCGACGUGGAGGAACAGGGGUGGCCCAAAAUACCGGUCGGAUAAGUUCAAGGACCCAACUUAUGCCAUGCUCUGGGCCGGCCGGCCCACUAGGGAGCUUGCCUUCGGCGCAAACCAGGGGCCCAUAGUCAUAUUCUGGGACGUGUACGCCGCCGCGGAGGAGGCCUUGUGCGUGAGGGCCAGGCUUCGCGGCACCUACGGCCUCCCGAUAUUCUACAAUGCCGAAGCGAGGAGCCUUUGUGGGCUAUUGCUCCUCGCCACGGAUCGACGGGGUGAGUAUCGCCGCCUGGGUCUAUUUCAAGAGUGGCAAGACCAUCCGGAUCCUGGGCUGCUCCAUGAAGGCGAGGGCGAAGGCGAAUCUAGAGAGUGGCUGCGCGACUUUUCUGAAGCCGGACGCUUUGGAGGGGUUAUCAAGCCCGAGGAUUUACAUUUGUACAAACAUGACAGGUCACUGGUCCUCGUCUAA